AUGUUGAAGAUUGUAUACCUUGACUUCAACAAUUUCGAAGAAAUUCCAAACUUGAGUGGCAGCAGAGAUGAGGUGAAGGAGUUGUCUAUGCAGAGAAAUGGCCUUAAAGGGCCUGUUCCUACAUAUGUCUUCAACAUGUCAUCUUUGACUAGUUUGGUUCUACAUGGCAACAGCUUGAAUGGCAGUGUUCCGGACAAUAUAUGCCUUCAUCUUCCUAAUGUUGAGGAGUUGCAUUUGGCUUACAACCAGUUUGAUGGUACUAUACCAAAUGAGAUUGGUAAUCUUCAAAAUUUACGGAUUUUGUCGUUGGGAGGUAAUAAUAUCAAUGGCCAAAUCCCGUCCGAAAUCUUCAAUAUGUCCACGAUAGCAGUAAUUUCGCUUACUGAAAACCAACUCUCAGGUAGCCUCCCAGACAUAAGCCUUGGUGUUCCAGAGCUACAAGUGCUUUUUGUAGGACGUAAUAAACUGAGUGGAGCAACCCCAACUUAA